AUGAUAGACCUCGUAAAGAUAUAUACCAACGAGGACAAGUUUGGAGGCGAACGCUACGAUAUACUGGACUCGAAGAUCAAGAUCUUCGAAGCAUACUACAGGAUUAUCGGUAUCCUACAACAACUAUACUACAAGAUGUACUCAGUCAUGCUGAAGGAUAGAGCUAAGUAA